CCCCCCAUUACUAGGGUGUCCAGGACAUUGUGUGACUCAGGAAGCAGCUCAGACGUGAGGCUUGCAGCAGGCCAAGGAGGAGGAAGAAGGGGCAGUGGGAGCAGAGGAGGUGGCUCCUGCCUCAGUGAGGGCUCUGAGGGUCCCUGCCUGAAGAGGGACAGGGACCGGGACUUGGGGAAGGGGCUCUGGAAUGCAGUCCCCUUCACUGCUGCUGCUGCUGCUUCUGCGUUUCUCAGUGGUCAUAACCAGAGGGCUGCAGUGUGGGAGUUUCCCGGAACCCUGUGCCAAUGGAGGCACCUGCCUGAGCCUGUCUGAGCGACAAGGGAACUGCCAGUGUGCCCCUGGCUUCCUGGGUGAGACGUGCCAGUUUCCUGACCCCUGCCAGAACACCCAGCCCUGCCAGAAUGGAGGCAGCUGCCAAGCCCUGCUUCCCGCUCCCCUAGGGCCUUCCAGCUCCCCCAUUCCAUUGGCACCCAGCUUCUCAUGCACUUGCCUCCCUGGCUUCACUGGUGAGAGAUGCCAGGCCCGGCUUGAAGACUCUUGUCCUCCCUCCUUCUGUUCCAAAAGGGGCCGUUGCCACAUCCAGGCCUCAGGCCGCCCACAGUGCUCCUGCAUGCCUGGAUGGACAGGUGAACAGUGCCAGCUUCGGGACUUCUGCUCAGCCAACCCAUGCGUUAAUGGAGGGGUGUGUCUGGCCACGUACCCCCAGAUCCAGUGCCGCUGCCCACCUGGCUUCGAGGGCCACACCUGUGAACGUGAUGUCAACGAGUGCUUCCAGGACCCAGGACCCUGCCCCAACGGCACCUCCUGCCAUAACACACUGGGCUCCUUCCAGUGCCUCUGCCCUGUGGGACGGGAGGGUCCACGCUGUGAGCUCCGGGCAGGACCCUGUCCUCCUAGGGGCUGUUUGAACGGAGGCACUUGCCAGCUGAUGCCAGGGAAAGACUCCGUCUUUCACCUAUGCCUCUGCCGCCCAGGUUUCAUAGGCCUGGACUGUGAGGUGAAUCCAGACAACUGUGUCAGCCACCAGUGUCAGAAUGGGGGCACUUGCCAGGAUGGGCUAGACACCUAUACCUGCCUCUGCCCAGAAACCUGGACAGGCUGGGAUUGCUCCGAAGACGUGGAUGAGUGUGAGGCCCAGGGUCCCCCUCGCUGCAGAAACGGGGGCACCUGCCAGAACUCUGCUGGCAGCUUUCACUGCGUGUGUGUGAGUGGCUGGGGGGGCACAGGCUGCGAGGAGAACCUGGAUGACUGUAUUGCUGCCACCUGUGCCCCAGGAUCCACCUGCAUUGACCGCGUGGGCUCCUUCUCCUGCCUCUGCCCACCUGGACGCACAGGACUGCUGUGCCACUUGGAAGACAUGUGUCUGAGCCAGCCGUGCCAUGGAGAAGCCCAGUGCAGCACCAACCCGCUCACAGGCUCCACACUCUGCCUGUGUCAGCCCGGGUACUCAGGGCCCACCUGCCACCAGGACCUGGACGAGUGUGUGAUGGCUCAGGAAGGCCCAAGUCCCUGCGAACAUGGAGGCUCCUGCCUCAACACCCCUGGCUCCUUCAACUGCCUCUGUCCACCUGGCUACACGGGCUCCCGUUGUGAGACUGAUUACAAUGAGUGCCUCUCCCAGCCCUGCCACCCAGGGAGCACCUGUCUGGACCUACUUGCCACCUUCCACUGCCUCUGCCCACCAGGCUUAGAAGGGCAGCUCUGCGAGGUGGAGACCAACGAGUGUGCCUCAGCUCCCUGCCUGAACAACGCGGACUGCCAGGACCUACUCAACGGCUUCCAGUGUAUCUGCCCACCUGGAUUCACUGGCACCCGGUGCGAGGAGGAUAUCGAUGAGUGCAGAAGCUCUCCUUGUGCUAAUGGUGGGCAGUGCCAGGACCACCCUGGAGCCUUCCACUGCAAGUGUCUCCCAGGCUUUGAAGGGCCGCGCUGUCAGACAGAGGUGAAUGAGUGUCUGAGUGACCCAUGCCCCAUUGGAGCCAGCUGCCUUGACCUCCCCGGAGCCUUCUUUUGCCUCUGCCCCUCUGGUUUCACAGGCCAGCUCUGCGAGGUUCUCCUGUGUGCUCCCAACCUGUGCCAGCCCAAGCAGAUAUGUAAGGAACAGAAAGACAAGGCCAACUGCCUCUGUCCUGACGGAAGCCCUGGCUGUGCCCCACCUGAGGACAACUGCACCUGCCACCAUGGGCACUGCCAGAGAUCCUCAUGUGUGUGUGACGUGGGUUGGACGGGGCCAGGAUGUGAGACAGAGCUAGGGGGCUGUGUUUCCGCACCCUGUGCCCAUGGGGGGACCUGCUACCCCCAGCUCUCUGGCUACAACUGUACGUGCCCUGCAGACUACACAGGGCCCACCUGUAGUGAGGAGAUAACAGCUUGCCACUCAGGGCCAUGUCUCAAUGGUGGCUCCUGCAACCCCAGCCCAGGAGGCUACUACUGCACCUGCCCUCCAAGCCACACAGGGCCCCAGUGCCAAAGCAGCACCGACUACUGCCUGUCCGCCCCGUGCUUCAAUGGGGGUACCUGUGUGAACAGGCCUGGCACCUUCUCCUGUGUCUGUGCCGUGGGCUUCCAGGGCCCACGCUGUGAGGGAAGGAUCCGCCCCAGCUGCGCAGACAGCCCCUGUAGGAAUAGGGCGACCUGCCAGGACAGCCCUCAGGGACCCCGCUGCCUCUGCCCCACUGGCUACACCGGAGGCAGCUGCCAGACUCUGAUGGACUUAUGUGCCCAAAAGCCCUGCCCACGAAAUUCCCACUGCCUCCAGACUGGGCCUUCCUUCUACUGCCUGUGCCUCCAGGGAUGGACUGGGCCUCUCUGCAACCUUCCACUGUCCUCCUGCCAGAAGGCUGCACUGAGCCAAGGCAUAGACGUCUCUUCCCUUUGCCAGAAUGGAGGCCUCUGUGUCGACAGUGGCCCCUCUUAUUUCUGCCACUGCCCCCCUGGAUUCCAAGGCAGCCUGUGCCAGGAUCAUGUGAACCCAUGUGAGUCCAGGCCUUGCCAGCAUGGGGCCACCUGCAUGGCGCAGCCCAAUGGGUAUCUCUGUCAGUGCGCCCCAGGCUACAAGGGACAGAACUGCUCAAAGGAACCCGAUGCUUGUCAGUCCCAACCCUGUCACAACCAUGGAACCUGCACCCCCAAACCUGGAGGCUUCCACUGUGCCUGCCCUCCAGGCUUCGUGGGGCUACGCUGUGAGGGAGACGUGGACGAGUGUCUGGACCAGCCCUGCCACCCCACAGGCACUGCAGCCUGCCACUCUCUGGCCAAUGCCUUCUACUGCCAGUGUCUGCCUGGACACACAGGCCAGCGGUGUGAAGUGGAGAUAGACCCCUGCCACAGCCAGCCCUGCUUUCACGGAGGAACCUGUGAGGCCACAGCAGGAUCACCCCUAGGUUUCAUAUGCCAAUGCCCCAAGGGUUUUGAAGGCCCCACCUGCAGCCACAGGGCCCCUUCCUGCGGUCUCCAUCACUGCCACCACGGAGGCCUGUGUCUGCCUUCCCCUACGCCAGGCUUCCCACCACGCUGUGCCUGCCUCAGUGGCUAUGGGGGUCCUGACUGCCUGACCCCACCAGCUCCUAAAGGCUGUGGCCCUCCCUCCCCAUGCCUAUACAAUGGCAGCUGCACAGAGACCACGGGCUUGGGGGGCCCAGGCUUUCGAUGCUCCUGCCCUCACAGCUCUCCAGGGCCCCGGUGUCAGAAGCCCGGAGCCAAGGGGUGUGAGGGCAGAAGUGGAGAUGGGGCCUGUGAUGCUGGCUGCAGUGGCCCAGGAGGAAACUGGGAUGGAGGAGACUGCUCUCUAGGGGUCCCAGACCCCUGGAAGGGCUGCCCCUCCCACUCUCGGUGCUGGCUUCUCUUCCGGGAUGGGCAGUGCCACCCACAGUGUGACUCUGAAGAGUGUCUGUUUGAUGGCUACGACUGUGAGACUCCUCCAGCCUGCACUCCAGCCUAUGACCAGUACUGCCAUGAUCACUUCCACAACGGACACUGUGAGAAAGGCUGCAACACUGCAGCAUGUGGCUGGGAUGGAGGUGACUGCAGGCCUGAAGAUGGAGACCCAGACUGGGGGCCUUCCCUGGCCCUGCUGGUGGUACUGAGCCCCCCAGCCCUAGACCAGCAACUGUUUGCCCUGGCCCGGGGGCUGUCCCUGACUCUGAGGGUGGGGCUCUGGGUGAGGAAGGAUCGUGAUGGCAGGGACAUGGUGUACCCCUAUCCUGGGGCCCGAGCUGAAGAGGCACUAGGAGGAACUCGAGACCCCUCCAAUCAGGAGAGAGCAGCCCCUCAAAUGCAGCCCCUGGGCAAGGAGACCGACUCUCUCAGUGCUGGGUUUGUGGUGGUAAUGGGAGUGGAUUUAUCCCGCUGUGGCCCUGACCACCCGGCAUCCCACUGUCCCUGGGACCCUGGGCUUCUACUCCGCUUCCUUGCUGCGAUGGCUGCAGUGGGAGCCCUGGAGCCCCUGCUGCCUGGACCCCUGCUGGCUGCCCACCCUCAUGCAGCGACCCCUGCCAACCAGCUUCCCUGGCCUGUGCUGUGCUCCCCAGUGGCUGGGGUGCUUCUCCUGGCCCUAGGGGCUCUUCUCGUCCUCCAGCUCAUCCGGCGUCGACGCCGAGAGCAUGGAGCUCUCUGGCUGCCCCCGGGUUUCACUCGACGGCCUCGGACUCAGUCAGCUCCCCACCGACGCCGGCCCCCACUGGGCGAGGACAGCAUUGGUCUCAAGACCCUGAAGCCAGAGGCAGAAGUUGAUGAGGAUGGAGUUGUGAUGUGCUCAGGCCCUGAGGAGGGAGAGGAGGUGGGCCAGGCUGAAGAAACAGGCCCACCCUCCAAGUGCCAGCUCUGGCCUCUGAGUGGUGGCUGUGGGGAACUCCCUCAGGCAGCCAUGCUAACUCCUCCCCAGGAAUCCGAGAUGGAAGCCCCUGACCUGGACACCCGUGGACCUGAUGGGGUGACACCCCUGAUGUCAGCAGUUUGCUGUGGCGAAGUAGAGUCCAGGACCUUUCAAGGGGCAUGGUUGGGAUGUCCUGAGCCCUGGGAACCUCUGCUGGAUGGAGGGGCCUGUCCCCAGGCUCACACAGUGGGCACUGGGGAGACCCCCCUGCACCUGGCUGCCCGAUUCUCCCGGCCAACCGCUGCCCGCCGCCUCCUUGAGGCUGGAGCCAAUCCCAACCAGCCAGACCGGGCAGGGCGCACACCCCUUCAUGCUGCUGUGGCUGCUGAUGCUCGGGAGGUCUGCCAGCUUCUGCUCCGUAGCAGACAAACUGCAGUGGACGCUCGCACAGAGGACGGGACCACACCCUUGAUGCUGGCUGCCAGACUGGCGGUGGAAGACCUAGUUGAAGAACUCAUUGCAGCCCAAGCAGACGUGGGGGCCAGAGAUAAAUGGGGGAAAACCGCACUGCACUGGGCUGCUGCCGUGAACAACGCCCGAGCCGCCCGCUCGCUUCUCCAGGCCGGAGCCGAUAAAGACGCCCAGGACAGCAGGGAGCAGACGCCGCUGUUUCUGGCGGCACGCGAAGGAGCAGUGGAAGUAGCCCAGCUCCUGCUAGGGCUGGGGGCAGCCCGAGAGCUGAGAGACCAGGCUGGAUUAACGCCCGCGGACGUCGCUCGCCAACGUAACCACUGGGAUCUGCUGACGUUGCUGGAAGGGGCGGGGCCACUAGAGGCGCGUCACAAAGCCACGCCGGCCCGCGAGGCCGGGCCCUCCCCGCGCGCACGAACGGCGUCAGGAAGCGUGCCCCCGCAUGGGGGCGGGGCUCUGCCGCGCUGCCGGACGCUGUCUGCGGGAGCGGGCCAGCGUCGGGGAGGAGCUUGUCUGCAGGCUCGGACUUGGUCCGUGGACUUGGCUGCGCGGGGAGGCGGGGCCUAUUCUCAUUGCCGGAGCCUCUCAGGAGGAGGAGCAGGAGGAGGCCCGCCCCCUCGCGGCCGUAGGUUUUCUGCAGGCAUGCGCGGGCCUCGGCCCAACCCAGCGAUAAUGCGAGGAAGAUUCGGAGUGGCUGCCGGGCGCGGAGGCAGGGUCUCAGCGGAUGACUGGCCCUGUGAUUGGGUGGCCCUGAGACCUUGCGGUUCCGCCUCCAACAUUCCGAUCCCGCCUCCUUGCCUCACUCCGUCCCCGGAGCGGGGAUCCCCUCAAGUUGACUGCGGUCCCCCAGCCCACCAGGAAAUGCCCAUAAACCCAGGAGGAGAGGUUUCUCCCCUCCAGGGAAUGGAGGCUGAGAGACCACAGGAAGAAGAGGAUGGUGAACAGGAACCCCCUCAGGAUGAGCAAGGCUGGCCCCCUCCAAAUUCCACCACUCGGCCUUGGCGAUCUGCUCCUCCAUCCCCUCCUCCUCCACGGACCCAUAACACAGCCCUGGGACCCCGCUCGGCCUCCCUGCUCUCCCUGCAGACUGAGCUCCUUCUGGACCUGGUAGCUGAAGCCCAGUCCCGCCGCCUAGAGGAGCAGAGGGCCACCUUCCACGCCCCCCAAAACCCCCCAAUCCUAGCCUCUGCCCCACCCCGUCCUAUUGAGGACAGAGAACAGCUCUACAGCACCAUCCUCAGUCACCAGUGCCAGCGGAUGGAAGCCCAGCGGUCAGAGCCUCCCCUCCCCCCAGGGGGGCAGGAGCUCCUGGAGUUGCUGCUGAGAGUUCAGGGUGGGGGUCGAAUGGAGGAGCAAAGGUCCCAGCCCCCAACACACACUUGCUGAGACUUGAGUCCCAGCCAGCCCUUCCUCACCCCUGGGCUCAAAGCUGGGCAGACCAUUGCAUGCCCUCAACUCUUACGUGGCAGGGGUACCACAGGCUGAAAGACCCAGCACAAAUCUCAAUAUUCAUCGCCCACAUUACCUUCCCUGGGAACUGGACUGGGUGAAAGUCCUCAAACUCUGGGAACAGGCAAGGUGAAAUGGUGAUUUAACUCCCUCCCCAAGUCCUUGGGGGCUUGAGACAGGAAGGGGGAAUCCCAGGCACCCAUCUCAAGGAGUGGCUGGGAGUCUUCCCUGACUUGUGGGGACACCACCUAUUUGUCAAGCUACUAGGCAGGGUCUGAGGGCUCAGGCCUCCACCUAAGAGGUUAUAACCUGAGAGACAGCUUCAUCCUCCCCCCUAGUAAGAAUGGAAGGUAGAUGGGCACCUGAGAGAUGAAGCCUAUUAAGACUGUUCUCCUAGUCCCACCACCAGCAGCCCCCAUCCCUGAGACUGAGGGGUUUACAGGCUGUGAAUGGACCUUUAGCCCUGCCCACCCUCCCUCCCCACUGCUGCUCUGAGUCUGUCUGAUGUUUUGAUUGCGUGAAUAAAUGUAAUUCCCCUCUGGA